AUGUUCAGAACAUUCACUAGAAUCACUACACCCGUGGUGGCCGGAGUGGUUGCGUUCGGCGUAUUCCCCUUCAGAAAGAGCCAGUUUGAUACCCACGAAUCCAAAAGCAACCAGCAGAUCCUCGACACCAUCAAACAGCUUCCUCUCUACAACUCCCUCGUACAAGACCCAACCUUCACCCUACAAGAUCCCCGAAAACAGUUCCCCAAACAACAUCACCAGAACAUGGUGACAGCUGGGAUUCUUUAUGGGAAGGACUUGUUCGAGGUUGACCCGGUGGUUUUCUCUAACGGAAAAGGUGAUCUUUUUGCAUUUAAUUACCUUGGUGAAAAACUCACCAGUGAGGACGGACAAAUCCAUAACGGAGUUACGUCCACCAUGCUCGAUGAAGGAUUAUGCAUGGCCGGAUUUCCAUUGUUGCCAUCCAAAAAAGGAGUGACUGCCAAGUUAUCGAUAAAUUUCCAAAACCAGGCCCCUCCCAACUCAAUAGUAUUGUUGAAAGCACAUGUGACUGAACAGAAGGGUAGAAAAGCGGUGGUAGAGGGGUCAAUCGUAACUGUGGACCAGAAACCGGUAACAAUAGCAACCGCAACCUGCAUUGUGGUUGAGCCCAAAUGGUUCAAGUAUUUGUCGUGGCUCCUGUUCAUUUAG